UGGUAACUUCAAAGCGAUUCAUUGGCACCGUAUAUAUAAACUCGCGCGUGCAGAGAAGCUGGCGUCUUGACCCUUGAGUUUGAGCUUCCACCCAGCAUAAGCCAAGUUCCGACUGCAUAAAAAGAAAAACCGGCCGUUGAGGCAAAGCGGUGGGGGCUUCUCUGAUCGAUAUUAUCGACAUGGGAUACGGCGGCGCCGUCGGACACUCCUCCUCCUUCGCCGAUUUCCUCCGACAGUGCGGCGGCUGUGCCGUCAUAGACGGCGGCCUUGCCACGGAGCUGGAACGGCGCGGCGCCAAUCUCAAUGACCCUCUCUGGAGCGCUAAGUGCCUACUGAAUUCUCCUCACCUCGUCACAGCCGUACAUCUAGACUACCUUGACGCUGGAGCAAAUAUUAUUAUAACAGCAUCUUAUCAGGCCACAAUUCAGGGUUUUGAGGCUAAAGGAUUUUCCAGAGAGGAAGGGGAAGCUCUGCUGAAGAGAAGUGUAGAACUAGCAUGUGAAGCAAGAGAUAUUUAUAAUGCAAGGACUCCCAACCAACGUCCAGUCUUGGUAGCAGCUUCUGUGGGCAGCUAUGGGGCUUAUCUCGCUGAUGGCUCCGAGUAUAGUGGGGACUAUGGUGACACAGUUACUCUCAAAUCUUUGAAGGAUUUUCACAGAAGACGGGUUCAGAUUCUUGCCGAAUCUGGGGCUGACCUAAUUGCAUUCGAAACAAUUCCAAACAAGCUAGAAGCCAAGGCGUAUGCCGAGCUUCUUGAGGACGAAGAUGUAAAGAUCCCUGCAUGGUUUUCUUUCACCUCUAAAGAUGGCACCAAUGUGGUCAGUGGUGACUCUUUGCUCGAGUGUGUAUCGAUUGCAGAUUCAUGUAAGCAAGUUGUUGCCGUUGGAAUCAACUGUACCCCUCCCAGGUUUAUUCACGGACUGAUUCAAUCGAUUCAGAAGGUAACAACUAAACCAAUACUUGUGUAUCCAAACAGUGGGGAGACUUAUGAUCCUGCUACAAAGGAGUGGGUGCAAUCAGCUGGAGUUGCAGAUGUAGAUUUUGUAUCAUAUGUAGGCAAAUGGAGGGAGCUUGGAGCUUCUCUCAUCGGUGGCUGCUGCAGAACUACCCCAAAUACUAUUAGAGCCAUAUCUUGUGCCCUCGGUUAACACCCUUAAGAGAGAGCUCUUGAAGUGAUUUAUUCUCUCUGUUGAUUUGCAUGCAAUGCUAUUAUGCAUGUUUUACAGUGAUCACUGGGUAUUGCAAGUGUUGACGGAGCAACAAUGUUAUGUAACUAAUUGUUGAAAUAAAAACAUGUGGAACUGGAGUGUGCUAGACUACUGUGAGCACCCAUAUUUUAUUGGCAAGCUUUCUUCUAACUAGACCUUAAAUUUGAUUUUGGAAGAAGGGAAAACGAGGUAGUAUUUGUCCCAA